AUGGCGCCCGGAAUCGACAUCCAAGUUCACCAGGCGGAAGAUGCAGCACUCGCCUUGACCAAUUCCCGCGCGAAACAGCCCUCCCUCAGUAUCACUUCCGUGCUGUCGACACCAACAACACCCGACUCGGAGACUCUGACUAGCACCACACUGGUCCUCGAUCCUGCUUUCAUCACCCAAGAGUUCGAUCUCCUCCGCUUCCAUGCCGCGGCCUUUGACCAACUCCCCAAAACCAACGGUGAUGGCGGUACCCAGACACCUUCGACAACUUCUCCAGCAUAUUCCACCCUCUUGAUCUCCUCGCCAUACAACAACCCCGGACACUAUCUCGACCUCGCCAAUGUUACCACUCCGUCUCUCCUAUUCGCAAAAGCCCUUACGGCCCUAGCACCCACAUCCUCGGACUACGCCACCGCGCCGUACACUGAGGCUCUGAACUUUGACCGUGUGUUCGACUUGCUCCAAGAUCUCAGCAUUGAGUCCGGUUUCUCAUAUCCGGAGACUGAGUUCUACGUCGUGGUCUUCGAGAGCAAAUUGAAAGCGGGGAUCGAUCAAGAGUGGCUGUACAAGCUAGAUUACGAGUCUCACCGCGAGGCCUGCGAGAGUGGUGGACUGCUGAAGUAUUGGUUUGGCAAGGCCGAUGGAGAGAGGAGGAAUCUGGCGACUUGCUUCUGGCACUCACGAGCCGAUGCGUACCAGGGCGGUCUAGGUCCGUGGCACAAGAAGGCUAGAGCGGCCGGUCGCGAGUUAUAUGAGAGCAUCGUGUUCAGCACAUUGAAACUGACAGUGCUGGAGGGAGCAAAGGGCUACAGGUUUGAGAAAUGGAUGGAGUAG